AUAACUGAUCCACCUUGGAGCACGCAAAAUGUGACCUAACGUCGGCAGCACAAGUUGACAACAAGAAACCGAAAGUCUGAAAUUUCGUGGCGUCCAUGAAAAUGACAAACGGAAGAAGAAAGAAGAAAACAGAGGACGUGAGAAAGGGAAAACAGAGGAAUCGAAAAGGGGGAAAAAUCAAAACUUUAUAAGCAACAAUUUCCCAUUAUGAAGUAGUGUGGACUGUGGAGUGUAGAGUAGUAGGUUGGUACUUGGUAGUGCUUGUUUGUCAGUCUCAAAUUCAAUCCUCCAUUUCGUACGAACAAAAGCCGGCAGGCAGGGCAUCACUUCGCUACCGCACUUUCUACCCAACAUUUUCCGCUUUCUCUCUUUUUACCCUCGUCGCUUGUGCCAUGGCGACGGCGACAACCCUGAAAGCAGGGACAAGGCCGCCGUGGGUGGGUCUCGGAGCGGCGAUCUGGGUCCAAAUUGCGGCAGGGAAUGCGUACAACUUCCCUCUUUACUCCCAUUCCUUGAAAUCCGUGCUGGGUUUCAACCAGCAGCAGCUUUCUAUGCUUGGAGUAGCUAACGAUAUCGGCGAGAACAUUGGCGUUAUCCCUGGGAUCGCUUGCAAUUACUUGCCUCCAUGGGUUAUUCUCCUCGUCGGAUCUUUGGCUUGCUUCUUUGGCUAUGGCGUCCUCUGGCUCUCCCUUAGCCGCACAGUCGAGUCCUUGCCCUACUGGCUGCUCUGGCUAGCGCUAUGUGUUGCUACAAACAGCAGUGCAUGGUUCAGCACAGCGGUGCUGGUGACCAACAUGAGGAACUUCCCUCUCAGCCGAGGCACCGUGGCUGGUAUUCUCAAAGGCUAUGGAGGAAUCAGUGCUGCGGUGUUCACCGAGAUCUUCAACAUCUUGCUCCAUGGAUCCUCCUCCAAGCUCCUCAUGUUCCUUGCUGUUGGGAUUCCCAUCCUGUGUUUUGCAGUGAUGUACUUUGUGAGAGCUUGUACUGAAUCAUCUGGUGAUGACCCUUCCGAAAAUUCCCAUUUCCUCUUCAUCCAAGGUGCUCUUGUUGUGCUUGGCGUGUAUGUCCUGACGAGCACAAUACUUGAUCACAUGCUUAGCCUGAACCCUGCGGUUUGUUAUGCGAUUCUGGCGAUACUGUUUGCCCUCCUUCUGGCUCCUCUGGCUGUUCCCAUCAAGAUGACUUUUGCUCAAGUGAGGAGUAGCAAAUCAGUGUCCAUCGACCAAAGAGUGUCAUCUAAUGACUCUUUGGUGCAGGGCGAUGGGAGCAUGGAGAAAACUGAGCCAUUGCUGAUGAAGAAGUCUUCGUCGGCAACAACAAGUGAGAGCUUUAGGGAAUGCGACGAUGGGUCGGAGGUGGCAAUGCUUCUAGCUGAAGGGGAAGGAGCAAUCAAGAAGAAGAGGAAGCCUAGAAGAGGGGAGGAUUUCAGUUUCACUGAAGCUGUAGUGAAAGCUGAUUUCUGGCUCAUUUUCUUCAUUUACUUCGUGGGAGUUGGCUCUGGCGUGACCGUGCUAAACAACCUGGCUCAGAUAGGGAUUGCACAAGGAAUGCAUGAUACAACAAUCUUACUGUCACUCUUCAGCUUCUGCAAUUUUGCAGGGCGCCUUGGUGGAGGCGUCAUCUCUGAACAUUUCGUCAGGAGGAGAACAAUCCCUCGAACGGUAUGGAUCACAUGCGCUCAAGCACUGAUGGUGGUGACAUACCUCCUCUACGCAUCUGCCAUAGACGGGACCCUCUAUGCAGCAACUGCGCUGCUCGGUAUCUGCUACGGGGUUCAGUUCUCCGUCAUGAUUCCGACUGUCUCGGAGCUUUUUGGGCUGAAGCACUUUGGUAUCUUCUACAGCGUCAUAUCGAUAGGGAACCCCAUCGGGGCAUUCCUCUUCUCGGGCCUCCUAGCAGCAUACGUUUACGAUACCGAGGCAGCCAAGCAGAACGAAUCGAAUAGUAUGCUGCACAGUUCUGGUUUCUCUUGCUUGGGUCCAGACUGCUUCAGGCUGACCUUCUUGGUUCUAGCUGGCGCCUCUGCCCUAGGCUCCAUCUUGAGCUUCGUACUAACAUUGAGGAUCAAGCCUGUUUACGAGACCCUUUACGCUGGCGGCUCGUUCAGGCUGCCUCGGACUUCUGAUGAUCAGUAGUAGGGUCAUCUGUUAUUGUAGUAGGACUGAAGGUCUUAUUUUUGGAUGAGCUAAGGAAGCAGCAUAUAUAAUUAUAUAUGUGUGUGAGAUUUGACUAUUUGUAACACCAAGUCCUUCUCCAAUCGGAGCAAGGAUUUGUUGUUCUGUCUACAUAUAUGAAGGCCAUGAUGCAGAAUCGCUAGAAUCAGAGUGCGUUUAAGCAAUUCUUCCAUCUUAUUUUCAAGAAUUCGGAAUGGAAGGGGAUACGUACUUCGGCAAAUUACCGCCGGAGCUACUAGGAAAAAUAGCCACCGCCCUUCCGCUCGAUGAAGCCACGAGGACCAGCAUCCUCUCCCGCCGAUGGCGGAGUCAGUGGAGAUCGGCGCUGCCAAACCCGCACUUCGCCGGCAACCCGACCACCCAAUUCGCCCCCAACGGUUACCCAAUCUCGUGCUUCGACACCGUGGACGAAUUCCUGAACUGGGUCGACAAGGUUAUUACCCGCGGGGCCGCCGCCGAGCUCUCGAUCGAAUCGCUGGGGCUGAAUUUCGAACCGGAGGAUACACAUUGCGGGUGGAUCGAGUUCAAUUACAAGGAGGACGGAUCCAAUACGGCGGCGCCGCUGGUGGACGGCGCUUGCACCUGCUGCCGAUUCAAGGUCGUGUCUUUUCGCAGGCCGGACAGAGUACUCUCCCUGAGCGGUCUGUUGUCGGGAAGAAGGCGGGGGGGACUUCUCAAGCGCUUGGCCCUGCGGAACUGCGACAUGGGAAUCCUGAGGAGCCAACUCACCGGCGCCGGCAACAGUUUUCAGUUUCUGAUAUCCUUGGUGGUGCAGAAGGGGCGAUUCAUAGAGGCGAGAUUCCUGAGCUGUUUCAUCUACGGUUGCCCGAUUCUCCAGGAGGUGACCUUGGAAGACUGCUACAUCGUGGACAAUUACGAGUAUGGGGAUGAGGACGACACCGUUCUACGACCUUGCUCCGGUGGUCGGUUGAUGAUCGUGAGGGAAAGCUUGAUGCUUUUGAGAUUGACUAGGUGCAGUGGCUUCGCAGAAGUUGUGUACGUGUCCCGAAAAAGAAAAGAUGAUUAUCGCCCCACAAUACAAGAUGACACGAUAGAAUUUGAUUUUUCUGAUUUCGAGCCAUUAUCGCCCGAUGUUGCCUUAUUGACACUCUCUUGGCAACUUGGGUGACAAUGAACAGAGAGAUUACAGGAGUGUCGGAUGGAUGAGGAUGAAGUUGUG